AUGCGUUUCGAAGUCACUGCUCUCCUUGCUGCUGCCGCCAGCGCCUCAGCUCAGGCUGUCGUUGGCAAGGCCUACGGUUUCGCUUCUGGAGUAACUGGUGGAGGCAGUGCUGCGGCUGUCACUCCUACUACCGCGAACGAGCUCGCCGAGUACCUCUCUGACGACACCGCUCGCGUUAUCUUGAUCACCAAGGAGUUCGACUUCACAGGAAAGACGGCAACAGGAUCUGGCUGUGACAGGAAGUCCUGCAGUGCUUCCAACGGUGGCCAGUUUUACCUCGGCGAGCUCUCUUGCGCCACUUCUGACGAUAAUGUGCCCGUCAGCUCCAUCAAGUACGACACUGCUGGACCUGAUCCUCUGAAGGUCGGCAGCAACAAGUCGAUUCUCGGUGUUGGUGGCAAGGGUGUGCUCAAGGGCAAGGGUCUGUCGCUGGCUAAGAACGCAAAGAACGUUAUCAUCCAGGGUAUCGAGUUCACCAACAUCAACCCUGGUGUCGUAUGGGGUGGUGACGCUCUCGACUUCCAGGGCGGUAACGACGGUGUCUGGGUCGAUCACAACAAGUUUACCCUUGUCGGCCGCAUGUUCAUCGUCUCCCACUACUCCGCCUCGCGCCUAACUGUCUCCAACAACGAGUUCGAUGGUACCACCACCACCUCUGCUAGCUGCAAUGACAACCACUACUGGACAAUGAUGUUCUACGGCGAUGGCGACAAGGUCACCCUCGACCGCAACUACCUCCACAACGUCUCCGGCCGCGCCCCCAAACUCGGCCAGGACGGCACGACCGGCACCUUCCACGCCGUCAACAAUUACUUCGAGAACAUGAAGGGCCACGCCUUCGACGCGUACACCGGCGCCCAGGCUCUCAUUGAAGGAAACGUUUUCUCCGGCGUCUCGCAGCCCGUUACCGACAAGGGCGCUAAGGUCAGCACCUUCGUUGUCAACGGCGGUUCCGCCUGCUCUUCCGCACUCGGCCGUACCUGUCUCGAGAACAGCGUCGACUCUGCCUCCGGCAAGCUGUCUGGUGGUUCCACUUCAUCCUUCAUUUCUACGCUCAAGGGCAACGACGUCACUCCCCUCGCCGUCAACAAGGUCGCCGCACACGUCAAGGCCAACGCCGGCCCCGCGAACCUUGGCUCUGCCUCGUCCGAUGCGACCGAGAAGGAGGUCUCCACUCCUACGACCACUAAGGCUGUUACUACCACCAAGGCGGUAGCUACCACUGCUGUUGCUGUCAAGACAACCCUUGCGACUGUCAAGAAGCCUGCUGCUACCCAGGAGGCUACUUCGGGUGGUGCGGCGGUUGCGGCGUGGGGUCAGUGCGGUGGUUCGGGGUACACCGGAUCUACGACUUGUGCAAGUGGAUUAACCUGCAAGAAGCAGAAUGACUGGUACAGUCAGUGCUUGUAG